CGAUGCAUGCCGAAUGAACGAACUGGAAAGGGAGAGGGAGAUGACGAGCAGGUGUGGGAGGAUGUUAAUGGCGAACAUGAGCGGACCGCCCGAUGAAGAGCUCGAAGGGCGUGUCGCAUGUUGCGCGCAAACGUGUGUUUUUUCCGCUUCUGGUGCGGGCGUUUUCUUUGGUAGGUUGCUUUAAUUGGAAACUCAAUAUCACACGCGGCGACGCGUGUGUUCUUAAUUCAGAACCCAUUCAUACAUGGUCCCAGAUCUCAAAGCCUCCGGAUGUCUAUGGGAGGAGGAACGCGUGCUUCAAAACGUGAAUUCAUUUGAUUCAUUCGUCCGACUUGAACGGUGCGCCUAGUCCUGUGAAGCUGUAUACCCGCAAGGAACUAUCUUCGCCGGCGAUACCUAAUUCGUCUGUGUUGCUCUCGC